AAAAAUCGAUUAAAUCCUUACCGAUUCAAAGUCGUACAGGUUUUCUAUUCACAGUGUUUUGGGGCGACAUACUUAAUAAAUUCGAGAUUUGGGUCAUUUAGGCUUUCCAUACAGAAUCGUAUGAGUCUUUGUGAACUGGUUUUAUCUUUUGCAUAAAUAUCGUCUACAUGGAAGAUGAUUGCUACAGUUGUGCAUCAACUAGAUUGGAAGACUGUUUUCAAAAUCAAAGUGAUGAUUACCAUUGUAUUGAUCAGCUGCAUAGUGGUAUCACUUACAUCAGCAGCAAAGUAUCCAAGCGAUUUACCUCGAUGCAAAGCAGGUGACAGUGUUUGUUUACCGAAAGUGAUAACUGAAAUACUUAACAAAUAUCCAAAUGGACACAAGGGAUUGAAAAUGCCUGUGAUGGAACCAUUACACAUCAACAAACUCGAGAUGUGGCAAAAGGAAAACAGUCCGAUUGCAAUAAAUUUGACUUUCAACCAUCUCGAUAUGUAUGGAUCGAGUGAAACAAAAAUAUUGCGCAUUGUUGGCUUCGAAGCCGAUCCAACAACCAGCAAAUUCGAGGUGACCGCAUCUAUACCGAAACUUAGUAUUUUCGGGAAAUACACAAUGAGUGGCAUCAUACUGAUACUGCCAAUAUUAGGUAGUGGCAAUUCUAGUAUUGUAUUCGAUAAUGUUCUAUUUACAGUUCGAUUUAAGCCGAAAGUCACUGAGAAAAAUGGUAAAAAAUACAUUCAAACCGAACGCUACGAUUUGAGCUUCGACACGACGCGAAUGCACUUGCAUUUCGAAAACAUUUUCGAUGGAAAUAAAGAGCUGAGUGACGAUACAAAUUGGUUUUUGAAUGAAAACUGGCGAUACAUCUUCCUCGAAGUGAGACCGCUUAUUGAAUUUGCUGUGGAAGAGAUGGCUAAAUCGGUUAUCAAUCGAAUAUUUUUGAAAUUACCGUAUAACGAGAUUUUCUUGCCAAGUAAUGGUGCAGAGAGUGAAUAGUGUUAGAACAGCCUAGAAAAUAGCUAUUUUCUCAACUCAGUGACGAAAAGUAAAAUUUUCGUUGCCUUUUUUGAGGAAAGCGUUGUAUGCAACUCGAUGAUAAAUGCUAUAUUAGGCACAUGAUGUAUAUUGUCACCCUCGGCCAGCAGCCUGGAGUUAUAAUCUACACAAUCAAGUUCCUAAAAAAGCUUUUAUCACUCGGUGGUUUAAAUUACUAUUUUUAUGUUUGUAUCGAAAUGAAAGCCGUUUACAGAGAUAUUCUGUAACUCAAAAUUCAUUUAAAACAACAUAUCGCGUCUGUAAUUCAUCCAAACUAUUGUGAUCAAUAAGUAAUUGAGGCACAACUUAUGUUAGUGUUUACUUUAAAGAAAUUUAAUUUUUUUUCUCUGAUAAGUUCUGUGUUCUGCUAUUGUGUCGAUACUUAACUACUCCCUGUCUUCGAGGGACUUCAACUCGAUAGAGCAUGAAAAUAGAUCAUAUUAAAAUUUAUUAUUUAAUUCAACAAAUCUUUUAGCUGUACCAUACCAAUCUGUUAUCGACAACAGCUACAAACAUAAAUGAUGAAAUCUGGUGAGCCUUCUCUUAUAUAAGAAAACGUAUGUUUAAACUAAUGAAGUAAAAGAUUUUGCGUUGAAAACUUAGCUGUAUUUCUAAUAAAAGAAGUAAAAGAUUUAACAAUUAUAUGGCGAUACGUCUGAUGUUUCUAAAAGGAUAAAAUAAAGAAC